GGCGGUUCUUAUAUAAGUGGGCCCCUUGCGGUGCUGUCAGACUUCGUUCGGUUCUGUGACAGAACGGAGGCAAGAUGGCGUCUACAAGCCGCUUGGAUGUACUUCCAAGAGUGACUUGCCCAAAUCAUCCAGAUUCCAUUUUAGUAGAGGAUUACAGAGCAGGUGAUAUGAUCUGUUCCGAGUGUGGGCUAGUAGUAGGUGAUCGGGUCAUAGAUGUAGGAUCGGAGUGGAGAACUUUCAGCAAUGACAAAGCCACAAAAGAUCCAUCUCGAGUUGGGGAUACCCAGAAUCCUUUGUUGAGUGAUGGCGACUUGAGUACAAUGAUUGGCAAGGGCACAGGUGCAGCAAGUUUUGAUGAAUUCGGGAAUUCCAAGUACCAGAAUCGCAGAACUAUGAGCAGCUCUGAUCGUGCAAUGAUGAAUGCUUUUAAAGAGAUCACCAACAUGGCAGACAGAAUCAACCUCCCUCGAAAUAUAGUUGAUCGAACAAAUAAUUUAUUCAAACAAGUGUAUGAGCAAAAGAGCCUGAAGGGAAGGAGUAAUGAUGCUAUUGCUUCUGCUUGUCUCUACAUAGCCUGUAGGCAAGAAGGUGUUCCAAGAACAUUUAAAGAAAUCUGUGCAGUGUCCAGGAUUUCAAAGAAGGAAAUAGGCCGGUGCUUUAAACUGAUUUUGAAGGCUCUUGAAACCAGUGUUGAUCUCAUUACAACUGGAGACUUCAUGUCAAGAUUUUGUUCCAAUCUGGGUCUCCCCAAACAAGUACAAAUGGCAGCAACGCAUAUUGCCCGUAAAGCUGUGGAAUUAGAUUUGGUUCCUGGGAGAAGCCCUAUCUCUGUAGCAGCUGCAGCUAUUUACAUGGCAUCACAAGCUUCUGCAGAGAAAAGGACACAAAAAGAAAUUGGUGAUAUUGCUGGUGUGGCUGAUGUUACGAUCAGACAAUCCUACAGGCUGAUCUAUCCUCGAGCUCCAGAUCUCUUCCCAGCAGACUUCAAGUUUGAUACCCCAGUAGACAAACUACCACAGCUGUGAAAUUGUAGUUACUUUCAAUUUCAUUAAACAACCCCCUAUCCCCCCAAAACCAAGAAACUUCUGAUUUUUUUUUCCUAUAAUAAAGGAUGUACAAAGUGUUAA